GCCACGCCCCCUGCCGUACCCCCAGGAUCGGUUAACGUACGUAGCGCUACGGAUGUGUGAUGCAACCGGCUGUCAGGAUAUUUCUUAACUUCUCGCACCAAGUUUUGUUUUUUAGUUAGAAAAUUACGUUUGGAACCAAAUUUUGGUUUAACGCUGCUGUAUCUGUUGUUCGUUGCUUUGUCAGACGGUGAAACUGUCUGUUUUCGACACUCGAUGGGAGCUCACGUUAGCUAGCGGUCGGUCGGUUUUAUUUGUUGGAACUCCUUUUUUAAGAGUUAUUUGUAUUAAGCUCAGUCUAUCGUCUUCUGCUCUUUGCUAGCUACAAACCGCCAUCUACUACGUCCCCCUAUGUACUUAUUUUGAAAACGCUGUGUGCUGUACCCUCUUGUUGAGCGGAUCUAGCUUUAAAUGGCCACCGCUGCCCCCCCUCCAGCUCCUGGCUCUACUGCGGCCACUGAAAACCCAAGUCCCGGAUCCAGCAGCUCGACAGCGGCCGACAGUGGCAGCCAGGACGGCACUUUCGAGUGUAAUAUAUGCCUGGACACCGCCAAGGAUGCAGUGAUCAGCCUGUGUGGACACCUUUUCUGUUGGCCUUGCUUGCAUCAGUGGUUGGAGACCAGGCCCAACAGACAAGUGUGUCCAGUGUGUAAAGCGGGCAUCAGCCGAGACAAAGUAAUCCCCCUAUAUGGACGGGGAAGCACUGGUCAACAAGACCCCAGAGAAAGAACCCCCCCGCGACCACAAGGGCAGAGGCCUGAGCCAGAAAACCGUGGUGGCUUUCAAGGGUUUGGCUUUGGAGAUGGAGGAUUCCAAAUGUCAUUUGGAAUCGGUGCCUUUCCAUUUGGUAUUUUUGCUACAGCGUUUAACAUCAACGAUGGCAGACCUCCUCCAGCGGCCCCUGGGACACCGCAGCACAUGGAUGAACAGUUCCUGUCUCGACUCUUCCUGUUCGUCGCUCUGGUGAUUAUGUUUUGGCUGCUGAUCGCAUAAAUGCAUGAAACGACAACAUCUCGGGCUAACUCAAAAGAUCUGACGGAGAUGCGACAUUAUGGCACAUCAUGACGGUUUGCGCCAAUGUGAUUCUGCCGCAUUUCUGGUUACUUUUGUCUCCUUGACAACGCGAUGCAAGAUUUUUCUUAAUUGAGGAUAAAGUAUCUGUGCUAACCCCAGGAUAAAAAGGUUAUGAAGCACAUCAUUUCGGUUGUCUGUUUAAUGCAUUAACACACUUGUUCUGCAUCAGCUAACAACUUCAAACUUCAUGUCGCUUGACACAUGUCUGUCUCUCUUGUUCUUUUAAAUCAGCCACAUGCAGGAGGUUGUUCAUUUGAGAGAAAGUGGAACAGAGUUCUCGGUGCUCUUUUGAGUAUUAUUUUAGUACUAUUACUGUAUUUAAAGAUAAACUCUGCUAAACAGAAUAAGACCACCAGUACUCUGCUCAUCGACUUUUCCAUUCAUACAUCCGAUCCCAUAUGAUGUAUAUGGUCAUUUCCUUUCAACCUAUAUUUGACAAUUAACUAAUUGACUGGUCAUAGCAGGAACUGUGCAGAUGUUACUGUAACAUUAACAAUGGCUGUGUUCUACUGUCCCAGUCAGCCAGUGCAAUCCUUAAUUGUAUUAUUUACACCUGUGCUUCCAUGGACACAGGCUGCAGAGAAUCCUACUGGUUUACACUCUGAAUCCUAGCAUGGUCUCCAUGUUUUCUCUUUUCUGUACUAAGAAUGCUCUUUGUUUUUAUCCAGCUGUACCUGAUCUUACAAAUCAUUCUUCUCAUUGGUUAAAAAAAAAAAGGGAGAUAAAAAUCAUUCACGUUUUACAGAAUGAAAACAAUGUUAGACAUAAUCUCUUUAUUUUGGAGGUGAUUUAAAAGAAAUGUUGAGAAAAUGUUGAUUGAAUUGCAUGUAUGCAAUUGAAAUAUUAAUUUAAGAAUGUGUUCCUCUCUAAAUUGCCUUUUGCUUUGUCAUUGUAAUUAAAUGUAAAAUACUGUAGAUUACAUAAUUAUUACUGAAAUGAAGAUGGCUGGUUGAACCUAAAACCACUUUUGUGAAUUCAAUCUAUUGACAGUAAAGCUAUGUAAAUAAAGAUGUUAAUCAUAA